GUGAAAAAAGUUGCGAGUUUGGCAAGUUGCUCGAAAUGAACGAAAAGUUUCCGCUUUUGCUGUUCAUGAUAUGUCUGCUGCGGGCGCAGCCAAGUUGGACGCUGGAUUACCUCAAGCUGAAGAAACUAACCGCGGAUCUGGUAAAUGCCAUUGCGGAGGCUAACUCAGGAAGGAAGUACGGAACCGAAUGGGUUCCGUCGCUGGGACAAGCCCUGGAAGAGGUGCAUAUAACAUCGUCCAGACGAUGUUUCCUAUUUAAGAUAUUGACCAAGAAAGUGGAGCUUCUCUGCCCGAGGCCUCCCCCAUACCGUCCCCCUUCCCGACCAAAACGGAGACCAUCGCCGACGCCACCGCCACCACCACCUCCACCACCACCACAAACAACUCCGUCGUUUCCAUUAAAGGCACUCGGUACAACUACAACUACAACUACAACUACAACCGAAGACCCAUUUAUGCCCCCGUCAGCCCUCUCGGAUGGCCUGGAGUACCCCGAUGGUUCCUACUUUCCCUGGUGCUAUAUGCCGCACUGCCCCACGAUUUGUCAACCACCCUACUGUUAUCCGUGCAGAUCGCCACACUGCGAUCCCAAAUGCGUCCCGCCCGACUGCUAUCCACCCUGCAAGGAACCGGGCUGUACGCUCCCACCGACCUGCUGGCCACCCUAUUGUCCGAGUCCCUGCACUUCACCCUUGUGUAUUCCCGGAAACCUGGGCAGGAUGGCAAGCUGCCUGCCUCCCUACUGUCCACCGCCCAUGAAUUGCCAGAAGCCCUACUGCCCGAAGAUCUACAAGCCGCCACAGGCCAGAUCGAUUUUAGGGUUCGGAGCGUGUCCCUUGCGUGACAUAGUCUCCAGAACGAAUCGGUGGGGAUAAUCGGCCAAAGUGAAUAGAUCAUAAGUGGAUACUGAUAUUCGCUGAUUAUCUGGCGUCAGCAUAGAUAGUAUGUGCAUUAAAUCGUUGUAUUAAACAAGAAUCCAUUUGACACUCUA